CAGAAAUAAGGAAUGCCAUUGGAACUGUUGGAACUGUGUCAACAUUUUUGUCAGCCUCUGCUAAUCGAAUGAAUGCUCUAAUUGAUGAGAUAGGGAAGACUAAUUUUACAGAUUCAAAAAAGCAAAGACUAAAGGCACUGUGUCCGACGAGGUGGGUUGAGAGGCAUGAGAGCCUCAUUACCUUUAAAGAACUGAUUAUUCCUGUUGUGACAGUCCUAGAAACCUUGAGUGACAGUAAAACGCCUGAAAUAUCAUCGAAAGCAUAUAUGCUGUCUUGUGCAAUUAAAAAAAGCGAAUUCAUCGUUGGUCUCGAAGUAGCGGUGUACUGCCUUGGACUUACUCUAAGGCUAAGCCAACGCCUGCAAAGCCCCAAGCAAGACCUCUCAUCAGCUUUAGUAAGUGUAACAGACAUUUUGGAGAACUUUAGAAACAUUCGACGAGAAGCUGAUCUCGAGUUUAAUAGCCUGUAUGAAAACGCUGUUCAACUUGCCGAUGAACUUGGGUUUGACAUUUCAACGCCGAGAACCUGCAGACGACAACAGAAUCGAAGCAACACUCCAUCUGAAAAUGCCGAAGAAUACUUCAGAAGAACAAUAUUCCUACCUCUCGUGGACCAUUUCAUAUCCGAGAUUGAUAAGAGGUUCAACAGAGAUUUUUGUGGGGUCCUUCCUCUCGAAGGCCUUAUUCCGGCAAACCUUGAGAGGUUUACAGACGAUACAAUUGUUUCAGCUGCUGAAAAAUACCAAAUUUUUACGGACCAGAUAGGGAGUUUUAGCUUGCUGACAGCAGAAAUAAAGAUGUGGAGGAAUAAGUGGAGAAAUGCAUGCAACCCCCCCGACACAGUGAUUGACGCAAUCAAAGAACUGGACUAUUCUUUUUUCCCAAUGAUCAGCACCCUCCUUCAAGUCUUGGGGACGAUCCCGGUUACAACCGCCACAGCUGAACGCUCAUUUUCAACUUUAAAGAGGUUGAAGAGCUACUUGAGAAGUACUAUGGGAGAAGUACGUUUGAACGGGCUGGCGCUAGCAAACAUAUCAAAAGAAAGGGAGGUGCCAGUAGAUGAAAUUAUAAACCUCUUCAGCAGAUCUAAGAACAGACGCAUGAGCCUGGAAAAUUGGGAAGAGGAUUAAGUAAACUAUUUCUAUGUAUCUGAUGUUUAA